AUGGACUCGCCACGCCCCCCCAAACGCCGUCGCGUCUCAGGCUCAAAAGACACCUUAGGUUCCGGAUUGGUAACCCCAAUCUCUCCCAGCAACGAGUUGAAACCCAACAGUUCGCAAAACAUCUUAACCAAAGCCCUCGACGUCCUCCGCGUCGAAGCAGAAGCCCUCUCCAACAUUCACAAAAUCUACGCCACCGACUCACUCGCCCGGCAAGGUCUCUCCUCCGCCGUCUCAGCCGUUCUCAACGCCCAGAGAAGUGCCGGCAAACUGGUCGUAUGCGGCGUAGGGAAAUCCGCAUACAUUGCGCAAAAAGCCGUGGCGACUGCAAAAUCUCUAGGAAUCCCGGCUUCAUUUAUGCACGCUUGUGAAGCGGCGCAUGGAGAUUUAGGAGAUUUGAGGGCAUCGGAUGUUUUGUUGUUUGUUUCUUUCAGUGGCAAGACACCCGAACUUCUGAAUUUGUUGCCUCAUAUUUCGCCCGAGAUUAGGUUGAUGGCGAUGAGUUCGCAGAGGAGGAAAGAGGAUUGUUUGGUGCUUGAGGGGGCUGAUGAUGCGAUUCUGUUGCCUGCUCCGAUUCAUGAGAGUGAGGAGAGUACGUUUGGUGUCAAGGCACCGACGACCAGUACCACUGUGGCCUUGGCUGUGGCGGAUAUGUUGAUUUUGACUGUUGCUGAUGAGAUGCAUCGGGACAAGACACACGAGGUUUUCACGAAGAAUCAUCCUGGUGGUGCGAUAGGGUUGGAUCACCGGGAAGUUGAGAAGCUACGAGAAGCUGACGUUGAUGUUUCUGUUCUCGAGCUGCCACCUAGCCCAGAGGCAUCUGGUGGAGACGAGUAUUGA